GAACAAUCAAAGUUUUUUUUUUUUUUUUUUUCUCAAAAAAAAAAAAAAAAAAAAAUGGAGGUUCUGUAUAGAAACUCUUUACUAACUCGCCGGAUCAACCACUGAUUCAGUUUUCUUUCUCCUUCAAUCCACCGCCAUAAAUGAAGCUCUGCAAUGCAUCGUAAACUCAUCCGACCCCUCUUCCAAUGGAUGAUCCUUCUUCCCCUCUUGAUCCUCUUUCUCUACUCCUUAACCGUGUCUCUUCACGCACCCACUUCACCAUCUCCGCAAAUAAAAAAGAUUUCUGCAUCGCCCACAUGCAAUCUCUUCAAGGGCCAGUGGAUUCGAGACCCCAAUCGCCGACCCAUUUAUGAUGAGACUUGCCCAUUUCAUAGAAACGCCUGGAAUUGCUUGAGGAACCAAAGAGAGAAUAUGGGUAUAAUCAAUUCGUGGAAAUGGGUGCCUCAAACCUGCGACUUGCCCCGGAUUGAUCCUUUCAGAUUUCUGGAUCUAAUGAAAAACAGGAAUAUUGGGUUUGUUGGUGAUUCUUUGAAUGAGAAUUUCUUGACUUCGUUUUUGUGUAGUCUUAGAGUGGCUGAUUUGGGUGUAAAGAAGUGGAAGAGGAAAGGGGCUUGGAAGGGUGCUUAUUUUCCAAAGUUCAAUGUGACGGUUGCUUAUCAUCGUGCAGUGUUGCUCGCCAAAUACAAGUGGCAGCCAAAAUAUUCUGCUUCUGAUGACCAAAGUCAAUCAGAAGGAGUAUACAGAGUGGAUGUUGAUAUUCCUGCAGAUGAUUGGGCAAACAUCACCAACUUCUACGAUGUUCUUGUGUUUAACACUGGCCAUUGGUGGGGUUAUGAUAAGUUCCCAAAAGAGAAACCUCUAGUUUUUUAUCGUGCUGGUCAACCGAUACUUCCAGCUCUCGAGAUGAUGGAUGGACUCAAACUUGUUCUUAAACUUAUGGUCUCCCGCAUACAAAAAGAAAUUCCUGGCAAGACACUUAAGUUUUGGCGUCUACAAUCCCCUAGACAUUUUUAUGGUGGUGAAUGGAAUCAAAAUGGCAGCUGCUUAUUCAAUGAACCCCUUGAAGAAUCUCAGCUAGACAUUUGGUUUGAUCCAAGCAACAAUGGGGUGAAUAGAGAAGCAAGAACAAUAAAUCGCCUCAUCAACGAGGCAAUACGUGACUCGGAUAUUGAGGUUCUUGAUCUCACUCACUUGAGUGAGUUCAGAGCAGAUGCUCAUCCAGCCAUUUGGUUGGGAAGAAAAGAUGCAGUAGCUGUUUGGGGACAGGACUGCAUGCAUUGGUGCUUACCAGGAGUUCCAGAUACAUGGGUUGAUAUUUUGUCCGAACUCAUCAGUCAUCACUUAAAGACGAGAUAAUUGACGAUAAGAAUAAGAAUAUGUUCGAGUUCGAGUUCGAGAUGUUUGCAGAUUUCCCAUGAAGAUCCUCCGAACGAUAUACUCAUUCAAAUUGAAGUUCUGGUUCUUGAACAUUAAGACAUUGACAAGAUAAAAGACAAGCAUAGCUUAGUAUAAACCAAGGGCAGUUUUGUGAGAGCCAUUCUAAUGGAACAGCACUGUACUGCUUUCUGUAGGGAAGUAAUCUGAUAAUGAUGAUUUUUCUAGAAAAAGUACAAUGAAAAGUUGAGUUUCUUUUCUUC